AUGGACGAGAUUCAUUNGGCCGAAGAAGAAGAGCAGCCGCCAAUGAGCAGUGGAGCUGCCUGGGUGUUGAAGUCCACGAGCCGCCUGAAGAAGAAGAAGCCGCCUGAGAUUUCUGUCAGUGUUGGGUUCGGGCGAUCCGGUCUGGGAAAUAUAGCAGCUUAUUCCUAUAAAUCUGGGAAUGAAGUUCUGAAGGUUAUCAAGGGUUCUUUGGUUAAGUUGAAGGGGACCUUGAGGAAUGAUCUUUAUGUGUUGGAGGGUACUACAGUUUCAGGUAGUGUUGUUGUUGCAUCUGGGAAAGAAACAGAUAAAUCUAUGUUAUGGCAUAAUAGAUUAUCUCAUGUUGAGGCAGAGGUUAGAAUUGAUUCUAAAGCACGACCAUCAGUUAGUUCAGGUGAUUCCAGUGAUCAGUCAUCCAGUUCUAAUGGUAGACAGCCUCAACUGCAAAGGACUUUGAUUGAUGAGGGAGCUUUUGGUGAAGAAAGCUCAAGUAGCAGUAACCUACAGAACUAUCAGCUUACUCGUGACAGGCCUCAGCGAAUGAGGCAAGCUCCUGCGAGGGAUUGUGAUAAAUCAACACUGUUGGAAGGCUUCACAGAUGCAGAUUAUGCUGUAGACCUUGACAAAAGAAUGUCUCUAUCAGGUCACCUUUUUGGUCUUACUAUUUUGGAGAAUGUGCUUGCUGAUAGAGAAGUCGGGGGAAGCGGUGUCGUCGCGGAGACGAAGAAGGGAAACCGAGGGUUUUCGAUCCGAGAGGAAUGCGGGGAAUCUGAGUUUGAUACUGCCGCCGUCAAAUUACAGAAAGUUUACACAAAGUUACCGAACAAGCGGAAUCUCGCCGAUUGUGCUGUAGUCGUUGAAGAAUUAUGGUGGAAGGCAUUGGAUUUGCGCUCUACGGCGGACUCGGUGUCGUUUUUCGACUCCAACAAGUCGGAAACCGCCGUGUCAAAAUGUCAGGGCCGGAGCAAGGCUGCAAAGGUUGGGAAGGGAUUAUCAAAGAAUGAGAAAGCUCAGAAAUUGGCUUUGAGACAUUGGCUUGAAGCUAUUGAUCCACGUCAUCGCUAUGGCCACAAUCUCCACAUAUACUAUGAUGUUUGGUUCCAAAGUCAAAGCUCGCAGCCUUUCUUUUAUUGGUUGGACAUUGGAGAUGGAAAAGAGUUGAAUCUUGAAAAGUGUUCUAGAGCAAUUCUACAACGACAAUGCAUUCAAUAUCUUGGACCUAAACAAAGAGAAUGUUAUGAAGUGAUUGUGAAGGAAGGGAAGCUUGUGUACAAACAAAGUGGAGAUUUUGUUAACACAAUGGAGGAUUCGAAAUGGAUAUUUGUUCUAAGUGCUUCAAGAAAUUUGUAUGUUGGGAAGAAGAUUAAAGGCCAUUUUCAACACUCUAGCUUUCUUGCUGGUGGUGUCACCACUGCUUCCGGCCGAUUGGUCUCCCAUGACGGUAUUCUCAGGGCUAUAUGGCCAUAUAGUGGCCAUUAUCAUCCCACAGAAGAGAAUUUCAUCGACUUAAUUGAAUUUUUGAAGGAGAACCAUGUCGACCUAACAAACGUUAAGAAAUGUGCAACAGACGAUGACGUAUUACCCAAUAACAAAGAAAAGGAGGAAAAGGACGAAACCACAGAAGAGGAGAAGGAAAUAACUGGCGGCGGAGCAGCCACCGAGAAAGCCGCAGCGCCGUCGGGAGAGGCGGCGGAAAUGGAAAGGCAGUGCAAUGUGGUUACAAGAAGAAGCAAAUGGACGACCGGCGCCGGGCCUCGGAUUGGUUGCGUUCGAGAGUAUCCAACCAACCUUCAAUUUCAAGCAUUAGAAAAGCUGAAACUUUCGCCUAGAAUCCCAACCAUUCAACACCCAUUCAACUCCAAUUUCCCAAUUCCAUCCCCAAGGCCUAGCCCUAGAAUCCAUAUGUCUCCUAGGCUCGCUUCCAUGGUGCUCCCGAGUCCCCGAACAUUGCGGUGA